AUGCUUUUUAUCUUUGUAUUUUCUCUCUUAGCUGAAAUUUCACUGGUUAUAUGCGACAAAAACAGCAAGAUGAUGAAUUUGUUGAGACGUAAGAGCAGUAUGAAAUGUUUAAGAACAGUUGUGUGUAUUGAAAGUCCGAACAGUGAAGUUGUUAGUAUGGCUGAAGCGAAUAAUGUGAAGUUGAUUGCAUUCCAAGAACUGGUGCCUUGUAAAUCAACUGAUGUCUGCAUCAUUUGUUACACAAGUGGUACAACUGGAAUUCCCAAAGGAGCCAUUCUUACACACUAUGGAAUGGUUUCAACAGCUAUGGCGGGUCUUCAACAUAUUAAUUUCCUUGGCUGUGAUGAUGUAAUGAUAUCAUAUCUCCCCUUGGCUCAUUCAUAUGAAAGGUUUGUUGAAAUUUUAGAAAAAGUGAAUGCAAGUUCAAUAAAAAAACUAAUAUUCAACAUGGCUCUCACAGCAAAAUCAAAUGAAUUAAAAAGGGGAAUUGUUCGAAAUGACAGUUUUUGGGACAAGUUAGUUUUCCGUGAUAUCCAACAAUCUUUAGGUGGUCGUACAAAAUUAAUUGCGACAGGUUCUGCCCCUCUUUCAUCAAAUGUCCUAUCAUUUUUACGCUGCGUAGUUGGCUGUGUGAUUGUUGAAGGUUAUGGCCAGACAGAAACACAUGGUGUCUGUUCAUUGCAACAUAUAGGUGAUAGGGAAAUUGGUGAGGUUGGGCCACCAUUGCCUUGUUGUUAUAUAAAAUUAGUUGACAUUCCUGAGAUGAAUUAUUUUUCAUCAGAGAAUAAUGGUGAAGGCGAGUAUAUUGCUCCUGAGAAAAUAGAAAAUAUUUAUAUUCAAAGUACAUUUAUAUCACAGAUAUUUGUUCAUGGUGAUAGCUUACAAAGGCUCAGAAAAGAUAUUUUGGAUGAUCUCACAAAAUUAGGCAAAGAUGCAGGAUUAGCAUCUUUUGAGCAGGUAAAGGCUCUUCAUAUCCACCCAGAAUUGAUGACCGUUGAAAAUGGAUUGUUGACCCCAACGAUGAAAGUGAAGCGAAAAGAUAAGAGGCACCAAUUCUUUGAAGACAUUUCUUUCAGCUGUUGGAAUACAAAUAUUUAG